GGGAAGAGGCGCAGAACCGCGAGACUCCAAGUCCGCCCAUGAGUAAGAGCAAAUGCUCGGCGGGACUCAUGUCGUCCGUGGUGGCCCCGGCUAAGGAGCCCAACGCCGUGGGCCCGAGGGAGGUGGAGCUCGUGCUGCUGAAGGAGCAGAACGGGGUGCAGCUCACCAACUCCACCCUCGUCAGCCCGCCGCAGAGCCCCGGGGACGCCCAGGAGCGCGAGACCUGGAGCAAGAAGAUCGACUUUCUCCUCUCGGUCAUCGGCUUUGCGGUGGACCUGGCCAACGUCUGGCGGUUCCCCUACCUGUGCUACAAGAAUGGCGGUGGUGCCUUCCUGGUCCCCUACCUGCUCUUCAUGGUCAUUGCUGGGAUGCCGCUUUUCUACAUGGAGCUGGCCCUCGGGCAGUUCAACCGGGAAGGGGCCGCCGGUGUCUGGAAGAUCUGCCCCAUACUGAAAGGCGUGGGCUUCACGGUCAUCCUCAUCUCACUCUACGUCGGCUUCUUCUACAACGUCAUCAUCGCCUGGGCGCUGCACUACUUCUUCUCCUCCUUCACCAUGGAGCUCCCGUGGAUCCACUGCAACAACACCUGGAACAGCCCCAACUGCUCAGACGCCCACUCCGGCAACUCCAGCGACAGCCCGGGCCUCAACGACACCUUCGGGACCACACCCGCUGCCGAGUACUUUGAGCGUGGCGUGCUGCACCUCCACCAGAGCCGUGGCAUCGACGACCUGGGCCCUCCGCGGUGGCAGCUCACGGCCUGCCUGGUGCUGGUCAUCGUCCUGCUCUACUUCAGCCUGUGGAAGGGGGUGAAGACUUCAGGGAAGGUGGUGUGGAUCACAGCCACCAUGCCGUACAUGGUGCUCACUGCCCUGCUCCUGCGCGGGGUCACCCUCCCUGGAGCCAUCGACGGCAUCAGAGCGUACCUGAGCGUUGACUUCUACCGGCUCUGCGAGGCGUCCGUCUGGAUCGACGCCGCCACCCAGGUGUGCUUCUCGCUGGGCGUCGGGUUCGGGGUGCUCAUUGCCUUCUCCAGCUACAACAAGUUCACCAACAACUGCUACAGGGACGCGCUCGUCACCACCUCCAUCAAUUCCCUGACGAGCUUCUCCUCCGGCUUCGUGGUCUUCUCCUUCCUGGGGUACAUGGCGCAGAAGCACAGCGUGCCCAUCGCAGACGUGGCCAAGGAUGGGCCGGGGCUGAUCUUCAUCAUCUACCCGGAGGCCAUCGCCACACUGCCGCUGUCCUCAGCCUGGGCCGUGGUCUUCUUCAUCAUGCUGCUGACCCUGGGCAUCGACAGCGCCAUGGGCGGGAUGGAGUCGGUGAUCACCGGGCUCAUCGACGAGUUCCAGCUGCUGCACAGGCACCGCGAGCUCUUCACACUCUUCAUUGUCCUGGCGACCUUCCUCCUCUCCCUGUUCUGCGUCACCAACGGCGGCAUCUACGUCUUCACGCUGCUGGACCACUUCGCGGCCGGCACGUCCAUCCUCUUUGGGGUGCUCAUCGAAGCCAUCGGGGUGGCGUGGUUCUACGGUGUCCGGCAGUUCAGCGACGACAUCAAGCAGAUGACGGGGCAGCGGCCCAGCCUGUACUGGCGGCUGUGCUGGAAGCUGGUCAGCCCCUGCUUCCUCCUGUUCGUGGUCGUGGUCAGCAUCGUGACCUUCAGGCCCCCCCACUACGGAGCCUACAUCUUCCCCGCCUGGGCCAACGCGCUGGGCUGGGUCAUCGCCACGUCCUCCAUGGCGAUGGUGCCCAUUUACGCGGCCUACAAGUUCUGCAGCCUGCCCGGGUCCUUCCGAGAGAAACUGGCCUACGCCAUCACGCCCGAGAAGGACCGAGAGCUGGUGGACAGAGGGGAGGUGCGCCAGUUCACGCUCCGCCACUGGCUCUUGGUGUAG